AUGUACAGUGUGGCUGCUGGGGGAGCCCAGGGUGGUAUGUACAGUGUGGCUGCUGGGGGAGCGCAGGGUGGUAUGUACAGUGUGGCUGCUGGGGGAGCGCAGGGUGGUAUGUACAGUGUGGCUGCUAGGGGAGCCCAGGGUGGUAUGUACAGUGUGGCUGCUAGGGGAGCCCAGGGUGGUAUGUACAGUGUGGCGGCUGGGGGAGCCCAGGGUGGUAUGUACAGUGUGGCUGCUGGGGGAGCCCAGGGUGGUAUGUACAGUGUGGCUGCUGGGGGAGCCCAGGGUGGUAUGUACAGUCUGGCUGCUAGGGGAGCCCAGGGUGGUAUGUACAGUGUGGCUGCUGGGGGAGCCCAGGGUGGUAUGUACAGUGUGGCUGCUGGGGGAGCCCAGGGUGGUAUGUACAGUGUGGCUGCUGGGGGAGCCCAGGGUGGUAUGUACAGUGUGGCUGCUGGGGGAGCGCAGGGUGGUAUGUACAGUGUGGCUGCUGGGGGAGCCCAGGGUGGUAUGUACAGUGUGGCUGCUGGGGGAGCGCAGGGUGGUAUGUACAGUGUGGCUGCUGGGGGAGCGCAGGGUGGUAUGUACAGUGUGGCUGCUGGGGGAGCCCAGGGUGGUAUGUACAGUGUGGCUGCUGGGGGAGCGCAGGGUGGUAUGUACAGUGUGGCUGCUGGGGGAGCGCAGGGUGGUAUGUACAGUGUGGCUUCUGGGGGAGCGCAGGGUGGUAUGUACAGUGUGGCUGCUGGGGGAGCGCAGGGUGAUAUAUAUGGUGUGGCUGCUAGAAUGUAG